AUGACCGUCGAGGAGAAGAUUGCGCAGCUCGGCUAUAACAUCAGGCCGUGCGCGACGAUGGACGUGGCAAAAGACUAUGCGAAUGGCGUCGGAGGCUGUGCGGUGUCCAGCAUCGCCGACACCAUUAAGAUGCGCAAGGCCCUGCAGAAGCUGACGCGGCUCGGCAUACCGCCGUCGAUUCACGGCGAGACCACGCAUUCGGGCGGCGCAGCGAACACCACCGUCUUUCCCAUGCCGUGCCUGCAGGGCGCGACCUUCAACACGACGCUCGUCGAGGAGAUUGCCGCCUCCAAUGCUCUGCAGCUGCGCGCCGCGGGCGGCGACAUGGGGCUUUCGCCCAUCUUGCAGGUGUGCACCGACCCUCGCUUUGGCCGCCUCGAAGAGAACUUUGCCGAGGAUCCGUACCUGGUCGGCGCGUAUGGCGUGGCGGCCGUGCGCGGCCUGCAGGGCCGCGACGGCUGCGGCGGCGCCGACACCUACCUGGGCUCGCCUCGGAGCAGGGUCGCGGCGCAGGGCAAGCACUAUGCGAUGUACGGCGCCGCCGGCAAGGAUGGCUACACGCCGUUUGGCGGCGGCAUCGCGGCGCGCACCCUCUUCGACGUCUACCUGCGGCCGUGGCGCGAAUUUGCGCGGGCAGGUGGCCGCGGCGUGAUGGCGGCACACAACAUGGUCGACUGGGUGCCGAUGCACGCCAACCGGCCGCUGCUGCACGACGCCCUGCGCGUGCGCUUCGGCUUGGGCGAGGGAGGCUACAUCGGCAGCGACAACACCAACGUCGAGGGCCUCGCCGACUACUUUCACGGUUUUGCCGCCAACACCUCCGACGCGGCCGCCAUGGCCCUCGCCGCGGGGAUCGAUCAGGACAUGCCGGGCGGCGCCUUCCUCAGCGGCCUGCUGCCGCUCGUCGCCUCCGGCCGGGUGCCGAUGGCACACGUCGACCGCGCGUGCGGCAACGUGCUGCGCCGAAAGUUUGCGGCCCGCCUCUUUGACGAGCCGCCCGACGCCACGCUCGCCCGUGAGACGGACUCGGCGCGGGCGCGCGCGCUCGCGAGGCAGGCGGCGGAGGAGGGGAGCGUGCUGCUUAUCAACCGGAACGCGGCGCUGCCGCUGAGCGCGUCGUCCGCGCCGACGUCGCCCACGCGCCCGCUGAAGCGUGUGGCGCUCGUCGGCCCCUUUGCCGCCGGCAGCGCGUACACGAUCCAGGCGAUGGUCGGCGGAUAUGCGUGGGUGCCCCCGCCAAGGGCGGUGGUCACCGUCGGCGACGCGCUGCGGCGGCGCGGGGUGGAGGUCGACGUGGCGGUGGGCUCUGGCGCUGGCGUCGGCGGGCCGGCGGCGAGCGAGGCGGACUUUGAGGCGGCCGUGGCGCUUGCGCGCGCACCAUCGACGGACGCGGUCAUCGCCGUGCUGGGCACCACAUCGUGCGGCUGCUGCGUGCGCUGCGGCAACGGCGAGGCGGGCGACCGCAUGUCGCUCGAGCUCGAGGGCCGACAGCUGGAGCUGCUCGCGGCGCUCGUCAACGCGUCGCACGCCACAGCGAGGCAGAGCGGCCGAGCGGCGGCUCCCGUCAUCGUCGUGCUCAUCCACGGCCGGCCCGUCUCGUUCGAGGGGGGCGGGCCCACUGCUGCGGGCCUCGAGAGGAGGCGCAGCGAGAGGCGCAGCAGCGGCGAUGGCGACGACGCGGUGGGGGGGGAUAGCGACGUGCUGCUCCUCGGCGUGGACGCGCUCCUCGCCGCGUGGCGGCCUGGCGAGGAGGGCGGCAGUGCGAUCGUCAACCUCCUCUUUGGCGACGCGAACCCGAGCGGCAAGCUGGCGCAGGCGUGGCAGCGCUCCGCGGGCUUCAUCCACUCGCCGACGAGCCCGUGGUUCCAGCCGCACUCGAGCAUGACGCCGGGCAGAUACUUUGGCAAUGGCGACGGCGUGCCCCUCCUGCCGCUCUUUCCGUUUGGCCACGGCCUCUCGUACACCAAAUUCGACUUCCGAGGGCUGCGGGUCGACGGCGCACGAGGGCUGCCGCCUGCCGCCGCUGGAGCGCAGCUCGAGCAGCUGGGGCUCAACGUCUCGCUCGUCGUGCAGAACAAUGGCUCGCGCGCCGGCGCGACGCCGGUCAUCGUCACAUACUCGAAGGUGACGCGGGGCGUCGUGCGAUUCGACCGCGAGACGUGCGCCUUCGCCAAGGUGUUCCUCGAGCGCGGCGGCUCGAAGCGAGUCGUGGCGCGCGUGCGCAUCAGCGACCUGGCGCGAUGGGAUCCUUACCACGGGCCGACGGCAAUGGCACAAGAUGAUGGCGCGCCAAGGACCAUCGCAUCGGGAGCAUGGGUCGUCGACGGCGGCACGUACACCUUUUUCGCGGCCGGGUGCGUGGCCAACUCGGUGUUGCGCGAUAUUCACCACGCGGGCGAUCCGUCGUGCCCCUUCUUUGAGAGCGCCGUCGUCGGGAAGAGUGUCGUCAUCGGGCGCGAGGGGGAGGUGUAUGGGGUGUAUAUGUGA